AUGGUUAACGCGGGCAAGCGGUCUAAGUGCUGUUUCACGUGUCGCAAGCGGCGUGUGAAGUGUGACUUGCAAAAGCCAUACUGUCGGCGUUGUACGCAGGCGGAACGACCAUGCCCUGGCUACCCCGACGCCUGGGACGUCAUGCUGCGCGUGCAGAACAAUUAUGCCGAGAGUAAAGUGCAGUUGCGGGUUCAGAAAGUAAGAACUCAAAGAACGGAGCGGAUCGGAAGAGAGGAAACCACCAUUCCACGAGGAGUCCACAUCCCUGCCGAGGUGCACUGCUGGAAUCGUUUCUACCGAGAUUAUGCAAUUCACUCGGGCAUCGCGCUCUUCAACGUUCUGCCCAGGUUUUAUAUAAGCAGCUCGUCGACGUGUUUCCAGGAAGCUCUCCAGGCCGUGGCCUUAGUUAGCUCGGCUCGCCAGCUUCACCAGUCUGGAUUGAUGCUGCGAGCAAGACAGCACUACGGCAAAGCGAUAACAGCACUCAAUGCCGCACUUAACGAUCCUGUACUAACUGCGGACGAUUCGGUUCUCGUAACCCUGUUUCUGCUUUCGCUAUUCGAGAUGAUCAUUCCGGAGUUCUUGAUGAGCGGCCUGAAGGACCCGGUCUUCCGCUGUCAUAUCCACUUUGAAGGGGCACUGCUCUUACUUCAAUGGCGUGCUGAGCGAUCGCGGGAUUCCGAACUUGAUAAAAGCUUCUUAACGUUCUUCUCUCAUAUCUGUUUGAUGAGCAUGUUCCUCAAUUAUGAGAGCGCCUUCGAUUCAAAAUGGUUAGCCCUGGAAAGGUUUGCGGCUCCGUGGGUGAAAGGACCUCUUUUAGAGCCCAUUCUUGCUCAGACGGUCAAUUUUAAAAGGCGUACGCACGCUCAGGUCACGAUGAGCCACCCCCCAUCUCGAAUCGAGGUGAUACAGCUUAUCAAGGACGGGACGGCUAUUUGCGAAAAUCUCAAAGCCACGGCAACCAGCGUCAAGUCCUCCUCGAAUCUAGAUCUGCCUUUACACCUACAGCCGACAGCCUUCAAUAACAUGUUCGAGGUCUCCACCAAAACAACCGAGGCCAUUGUAAGGUGUCUAUAUCAAACCGUGAGGUACCAUGUCGUUGAAGUGGUCUCGAGCCUUGUGACUUUUGUUGAGGACGGUGACGGAGCUUACCACAAACCUGAAUACCAGUUUGACCCAUCACUGAGCUCCAUGAUCCUCGAACAGGUGUGCGGGGAGAUUUGCGCCGUGCUGGGGCUCGACAGCGGGCAUAAUAUGGAGCAAGGCGAGAUAGGAAUGGCUUAUCGCGCAUAUAGCAUCUUCUGGGCUUUGGUGGUCUUGCUGUUCUCUCCUUUGGUGGGUGAGGAAAAGAGGGCGUGGGUCCAAGAAAAGCUGCGAUUCAUCGGCGAGAUAAGUGGGCUCGGCCUGGCAACAUAUGCCGCCGGGAGUUUUAGCACAUCCCAUCCAGCUCAACAGCAAGCGCUAUAG